UCCUGGGUACCAGUAGGCGCUCCCUGGCGCUGGCGGCUGAAGAGAUGGAGCAGACUCAUCUGGCACGCCCGGCCCCUUAAAACGCUGUGGUCUGGAGCUGCCUCCCUCCCUGCAGCUCGCAGCAGGGAUGGAGUAAACCGAACCCCUCGACCUGCCCGCAGGAUCAGCGAUGGAGUUAAAGCAAUCUUUGUCUACUCAUCUGGAAGCCGAGAAGCCUCUGAGGCGCUAUGGGGCGGUGGAGGAGACGGCAUGGAAAGCGGAGGGACUGGGGAGAAGCCAGUUGGAUAUCGUCUCCAUGGCUGAAACCAGCAUGAUGCCUGAGGAGAUUGAACUGGAGAUGGCGAAAAUCCAGCGUCUUCGAGAAGUCUUGGUCCGCAGGGAGUCGGAGCUCAGGUUCAUGAUGGAUGACAUCCAGCUCUGCAAGGACAUCAUGGAUCUGAAGCAGGAGCUGCAGAACUUGGUCGCUAUCCCAGAAAAAGAAAAAACUAAAUUGCAGAAGCAGAGAGAGGAUGAGUUAAUCCAAAAGAUCCACAAACUGGUGCAGAAGAGAGACUUCCUGGUGGACGAUGCCGAGGUGGAGAGGUUAAGGGAGCAAGAAGAAGACAAGGAGAUGGCUGAUUUCCUGAGAAUCAAGUUAAAACCUCUAGACAAAGUAACCAAAUCAUCAGCCAGCUCCCGGACAGAGAAGAAAGCAGAGCCUCCACCUAGCAAACCCACAGUGGCCAAGACAGGGCUGGCACUCAUCAAGGAUUGCUGUGGGGCCACCCAGUGCAACAUCAUGUAGCCCCUUCGUGGGGUGCCCCCGGAGUCAUGGGGACCCCUCCCACCCUCUUGUCAUCAUAGCCCCCAUUUCACAGGGGCCUAAGAGCUCUCCAAGGCAGAAGGGGUUGAAGGCAAGUCUGUGACUGCCACCCAGGGGCCAUGGGCAGGGCAGGUGGGCCCAGCCACUGCUGUACAGAGUGUAGCAAUAGGGAGUCCCUCACCGCAUGGCCCUCCCCAGAGCAUGCCCAACCCAGGAGUCUGUCUUACCGUUUAUCUAACCACCAAGAAAGGUCCUCCCUUAAAACAGUAUAUAUCCUCACUCCUCUCUAGCUGUAUCUAACCCACUGUGUGAAUGAACUGGGAGAGGGGCAUCACCCCCAGGUGUGUAUAGCUGUGACCUUCUACAAUCUAGCACCGUGUUGGACCCAUUCCCCAUCCACCUCCUAGCUCUGCUGUUAGGCACAAGUCCUGUCCUCUGUCUGUUCUCUCCCAGGGACUCUGCCCUGGACGGCCCCACACAGCCCAAGCACCUCUCAGGCCCCAUCAGUAUCAGGUUCCUGGAGACCACUGGCCUGUCUGUGAAGACUGAGCUUGUGUGUGGUGUUGGGCUCAUACCUCCUGCUUCCUCCCAUCCUGUAUCUGAGCAAGGUUCAUAUCAGGAGUGUACCUACCAGGCUCCAGGCUCUUUCUUGACUUGCUGUGACUGAACCAGAGGUGUGGAGUGGAGUGGGGGUGGGGAGGCAUGGCCAGGAGCAGAUCCAGUGCUUGGACCAGGAAGCUGGAGGCUCCAACAUCAAGCCAGGAUGAACGAGAAAGGGACCCCAAACAGAGGCAAGCCCACAUCCACUUCAUCCACUGGGGGUCACCACAGGGAGUACCGUGGGAUGUCACCCCACUGCCUGACACACUAAUCUCUGUAAAGAACAGUGACAGGCAGGAGAGGAAACUUGACCCAACCAUGCCCCAUCAUUUGGUGGCAUGUUUGAACCAACCCAACAAUUCCACCUAUGUAACUUGAUGUACAUUUGUCACGGCCAGCCGGCACAGCCUGUGUGACCUCUCUGUGCGCGUAUGUGUGUCAUGACUGGCCUAAGUAGUUAGCAUCAAUCAAGAUUUGCUGAUGUGCAACCAUCCAUCAGAGAAAAUAAAAACAGAAAACACACA